AUGUCAGCUGGUGGCAAAAGGCGCUCUCAAUUGUUCAUCGUCUGUCUGGGCUGGAGUACCUUGGAUGCGGCCCCGGCUCGCUCUUUGGUCGGAGCCGGUGGAAUGGCAAAUGAAACGGAGAUAUACCGGCAACACGGCCGUGCGAUUGGAAGGCCGAGGAAACGCUUAAUUGGGCAGGACAAAGAAAAGCAGAUGAAAAAGUUUUCCGAUUCCAUUGUCCUAGUGGCGCUGCGAUGUGGCACUUGGCUGCGUGACAGGCUGUCAUGUUGCGCCGCUGAGGUACUGCUAGUGCAGACGGGCAUCUAG